GUCAUAUGUGAGCGUGUGUUGUUUGCGACGCCGUGUUUCCCAGUGUUUGCGGCACUGGGUGAUCUCCACUAAUGAACAAUCUGCUCGCUGAGGUGUGACCGCUGGCAUUGUAUUGGGAGCCACACUGUGCAUUGCUGAUGCAGUGGGCGAGAGAGGUAGAGAUACAUAGAGAGCGAGAGAGAGAGAGAGCGAGAGAGAGAGAGAGAGGCAGUGAGAGAGAGAGGGAGAGUGGGAGGGAGGGGAUACAUGGAACUCAAUUCCACACAGACGAACAUGCACUGGCUCAGAAGGACGCCGUCUCCUGCAACACGGACACACGUAUUGUUAGCUGGGGACUCUGCACUUCAUUUUAAACAUCUGUAGGCCAUCUUGCCGGAGAGCGAGGCGAAAAUGGAGAACAACAUGUGAGGCGGGCGACGACGCGCCCCUGUCGACAGCAUGCUUCGCCUCCUCCAGACCUCGGCUUUCUGCUUCUGGUGCUUUCUGCUGCUUCACAGGCAGGCUGCGGCCGACGUAGAUGCCCCUUGGGGGCCGACGUCAUCGAGAGAAAAGCCACGUGGAAUCUAUUAUUGGUGGACCCCAUCCCUGCCGAAGUUACCUUCCCUUCCCUCGCUGCCCUUCGGCAUCCCCAUUUUUGGAAGCUCGAAAGUCAACAACGAGUCGCCCGCGACCGCUCUAACGGAGCCAAUCGAUCGCCUGCAAAAACACUUGGGUUCAGGGAAAGGCAGCUUUUCUGAGGCCUCUGAAUCCCCUACCACUUUGAGUCAGGUGCUCCUAACCAGCGUGACAAAGAUAGGAACAGGGUCACUUCCCACGGGGACAUCGGAUUCUCCGCUCAGCAGCAGCGCGCCGCAGAGCGACAAUGAGGCCCUUGUUUUAGACUCCUACGCUCCCACAAGCAGUUCUGUCAGAAACACUCUGGUCACCAACGGUCCCACCAGCGCGAGCCCUCCACGGCAAAAUCCAACACACACACACCCGCAGAGGGGCGCCGCCUCGGCCGCGACCCAACAGCUCCCGGGGGAGCACACGGGUAAGGAGGCCCAAGGUGUUACACAAGACAUCCUUUUCACUACAGCAGCAGAAAGCACAGCCCCCACCGCCUCUACAUGGACAGCAGCCCAAACCACGACAACCCCGGUACCGGUGGAGACCACUCUACCCGGCGGAGACCCCCUGAGGCCCGUUACCCCGGCUACGUCCGCCGAAACGACGUUUGUAGAACCGCGAGACUCAACUUUCGGCAUUACCCCGCGUGCUGCGGAGGCAACAGCGGCAGAAGCUCAGCCCACCUCGGCCCAGAGCGGGGUGGAUCUGGGCUUCCCCGAGGCCAGGUCAGGGCGCGGGGAGGAGAAGCUGCGGGCGUACACCACUGCCACGGGGAUCGAGUACAAACUGGUGCCGGAAUCCAUAACAAGCCCAACUCUGAGCCAAAGGGUGGACUUUCCAAUGGCAGGAGAGCCGCCCGGCAGAGAGGAUACGGGGGACGGGAAAGGUGCGGCUCCUUCGGCAGACGGGGAUGGGGACGUUUCCACGACGUCCAGCGAGGUGCUGACUCCGUCGUCGCCACAGAGCACAGAAACUCCCUAUAUCCCUCCGUACACUGAUGACUGGAUGUACAACCAAGUGGACAGUGACGCCACCUUGCUUCCAGACUGCAAUAAAGAGCGCUCCGGCAUCUGCAACCUCUCCGACACCUGGGACUUAAAACCCCCCUCGGACGUCAAGCCCGCGCAGAACGCCACUUCCGCGAACCGAUCAGCCAGCGGUGACAGCUGCAUGGCUGCCCCCAUGUUGGUGCCGCUGUACACCGACUGGAACAGCGCCAUGGCGGCGUGGGGCGUGGCCUGGGAGGCGCACGUCUACGGCGCCGGGUGCGUCUUUGCGAUGCUGACGCUGGCCUCGGCUCUCAAUCUGCUCUGCUUGCCCCUGCGAUGCCCGUCCGGCUGUGGCUACUUCGCCCUGGUCAGUCUGUUUCUGCUGGCCGGCGGCGGCACCAGAUCGUUCUCCCUCCUGUACGAUGCCUACGGUCACGGGGACCGCUUACCCUCGACAGAGGCCUCGCUGAUACUCUACGAGGCGCCGUUUCCCUGUUUGACUGCGGCGUUCGGCCUGGUUUUCCUUCUACUCUCCAUGCGCUCAAGGAUGCAGCUCUCCUACUCGGCCUUCCAGAGACCCUGUUUCCUGGCCUGCCUCGUCGUCGUGCACUUUGGUGCCGCGUUUGGACCGGUGACGUUACUGAAGUUCUACCAGCAGAAGCCUCCCCUUUGCCUCUUUCUCUCGCUCAUCUCCCGUGGGACCUUCGUCGCCCUGGCCACAUUUCUAUCCGCGGCCUAUUUUGUGUUCUACAUCUACGUGCGGGCGGAUUCGAAACACAUCUACCACCUGAACAACACGUCUCCAACGCCCGCCGAACGUUACAACCGCUGCCCCUUCGCUGAAAGCCGGGACUGGGACCGCGCAGCUGUCACCGUUUGUGUUUCAGCACUGUUUUGUCUAGCGUGCGCAGGACUGCAGUUCUACGCAAUGCUCAACGCUAUGGGUGUGGCAGGUGGAGAGGAGGUAUUCCACGCUUGGCCCUGGUGGGCUUUCCAGUUUAGCUGCAGACUAUGUGAGCUCGGGGUUUGUCUCACCUUAGCCUUGGUGGUGGCGCAACCCGUCUACUGUUCUGACCACCUCCCAGCCGCGGGGAGCUGUUGGACCGAACUGUUGGCGUCCAAGUCACCCAUCCUGCCUGGGAGCUACCAGUGGAGCCUUAGCCAGCAAGAGAAGCUUGCAAUCGUCGAUACUGUUGGGCUCGGAGAGAUAGAGAGCCUCCCUCUUUACACCCUGGUGGAUGAGAGGCUUGGUAGCAGUCUAAACGGCCUUGACCUCCUCUACCACAGCAACCGGGCCUUGGCAUACAAAGACCUGGACUUGGAUUUAGACAUGAAGGGUCCAAGGAAACCCGAGGAUGUAGGACGCGGAGAACCCUCGGGUGGAUCCUCGUUCACCAGCGACUCGACCGCAGACCUGAGGCCACCUUCGCCCAUCAACCUGCGCCGCAGCAUAGACGAAGCACUUUUCAGCGAGGCCCUGUUCCCCACGAGCCUCUUCAGCCCUGCCAGGCCUAUUCACUGCAGUGAUCUAUCCAUAAACAACCACUGUGCGCCACAAUGCAACGGCCUCAGUGAUCCCCUCUCGGCUGACCCUGGCCUUUACCGAACCUCAUCCUGUGUGGAGGUGGCCCCCCAACCCGAGCCCUCUCGCGCCCAAUCCCACGGAGAUACAACUAAAGGUGCUCCACCGUCUCCCUCCCUGUCCUCAUCCUCCAGCUGCUCAUCUCCUGAGCGUUGGAGGGGCAGCUCUUCCUCCUGUUCCCUCUACCGGGAAUCUUUCGGAGGCUCCUCACUGGUCCUCUGUCCAAGCCCGGAGAGACGUGCUCGGCAGCUUCUCCAGCAAGAGGCCGCGGGCCACGCGGCGUCCACCGGGCACCGCGGCCACGGCGACCCACAGAGGAACUAUCAUACACUGGGUGCGGCCUCACAAGAGAGCCUGGACCUGGACAUGUCGUCGUCGGAGGCGGACCGCUCCGCGCAGGAGGAGUUCAUCGGCGUUUGCAGACAAAUCGAUGCUUUGAGUAUCUGCAGUGAGACUAUAGAUUUAUAAAAGGACAAGUUUGGUCAAACAAGGAUAACAUAGGGGACUUAGAAAGAUGUUGGAAAGGUGACUGUCGAGGUAUUCUACAGCCCAUUUGAUAGUGCUUUUACCGUAAAACUUAUAGCUGCCAAAAUAACGUUCCUGAAGGUUUGAUAAGCUUUCGUACGUGGUAAUUAGUGAACGUCUACGUGGGUCUAAGUGCCAAGAAUGUCAAAAGCCAAGAGGUAAUUUGUAACUUUUACAUGCUUGGUUAAGGCCGAUGAAGUUUGAUACUGUAUUAAAAAAAAAAAAAGUGGCAUUUCACUGAGUGGAGAUGACAAGAAUUUAUUUGUACAAAAUGUUUUUAUUGCAUUUCAACAUUCCAAAUACUACUACUGUGACAAAGAUUAAGCACUUAAAUACUACUGAAGUCUUACGUUUUCAUAUUCGGCAAAGUUGUCAUUAAAUCUCAUGUUAUAUAUACUGGAUUGCGCCCGUUUGUCAAACUAUAAACCAUAUCAUGACACUUCUGAUUUGCAGUUCUGGUGCAGCAGUGACCUCUACUGGAGAACAAUUGUUACUUUAUCCUACUAUUACCGAUGGCCUCUGCUUCUAUGUACAACGGCAGCAUAUUCUGGCUUGCUUACUAAUUUAUUUAUGUUCAAACAUAACUGCUAAACACAUUGUUUAAUAAAGUGUAUUUUAUAAAGAACUGGCUUUUUUUUUUUACUUAAAAGUUAAAGGUGACAUCCAACAUGACUUUGUGGCUCAUAUUCAAUAAGACAUAAGUCAUUCAUGUUUGAUUUAUUUAUUCUUUAAACAUGUGCUUAUUCUUCUCAAGUGAUAUUCCUCAAAAAAUGCCAAAUGAUUUUAACGAAUACAGAGUCUUUUCUGUCCAUUUAAAAAGCCCUUGCUUAUUAAUUUAGGUAUUGGUUGCAGAAGCUACUGCGAUGUCCUGGCAACUGUAGCAGCUUUACAAUAUCCUGAAGCUGAAAUCAUAAAGGAGCAGCUCAAAAAACUAAAGUGUAAACCCAAUAUCUCACCAAUCACUAUAUUGGUGCUUUUUAGAUGGACUAAUAGAACACAGUACUUGACAAUUGACAUUUUAAAUAAAAACCUGACUUAUCUCUUUCGGUGGGAAACUGAAAACAAGCAGCAGUUAUUUCCAACUGAUAUAAGUAUAUAUUUCUCCAUAUAUUUUCAUGUACAUUUAUUUUGCAAUUUUUUGAAAUUGCAAGGCCUUCUUUUUUUAAACACUCUGCAGGGUAAAGAAAUGAGCACUUUAGAGGAAUUCAACCCUUACAAUCUGGUAACCAUCGUUUAAAAG